GCCCUUAUCAAUUGGAGACACUUGCAUAUAAUAUAGCAAAAGAACUGUGGGAGUUUCUUUGUUGAGAAAACUGCACAGCAAGAAGCUAACAUCAUUAAUGUAGAAUGUCUAAAAGACACCUCCCACAGCAUAAUUGUGAAAUGGUUAAUGUGACCUCUUCUAAAGAUCCUGGUUCCACAGAGACAGCUCUCACCAUGACACCUGGGAAGGAGCGGGAAGCAUUAUAUGGUGGACCAUUAUGAAAUCGUGCAGUUGGUUUUAUGCAGUUUUUUCUCUUCUUUGAACUGCAUGUUCUGGAUAAUGCCAGACUAAAACAAGAAGUGGAUCAUUAGCUGAAUAAUGAUCAGAUCAGAAGAUUCCUCUGGGGACGGCGUUAGCACCAUUUACAACAGCACAGUACCACCACAGCUUUCUGACUCUACUGAUGAAUUUACCACCUACUUUGAUCAGAAAAUACCUAUACCCGAAGAUGAAAAGCAUCCAUGGUUCAGUUUUCGAAAACUCUGGGCUUUCACUGGGCCAGGUUUUCUCAUGAGUAUUGCCUACCUGGAUCCAGGCAACAUAGAGUCGGAUCUGCAAUCUGGUGCUAUUGCAGGCUUUAAGCUGCUCUGGGUUCUUUUGCUAGCCACUGUCAUCGGCCUGCUCUUGCAGCGCCUGGCAGCAAGGCUAGGGGUAGUUACAGGACUUCAUCUGGCGGAAGUAUGCCACCGGCAAUAUCCCAAGGUCCCUCGGAUUAUCUUGUGGCUGAUGGUAGAGCUGGCCAUCAUUGGCUCAGAUAUGCAAGAAGUCAUUGGCUCAGCAAUUGCCAUUCAUCUCUUGUCUGCUGGGAUAAUCCCUUUGUGGGGUGGAGUUCUCAUCACAAUUGCUGACACCUUUGUGUUUCUCUUCCUGGACAAGUACGGCCUGAGGAAAUUGGAAGCAUUUUUUGGCUUCCUGAUUACCAUUAUGGCCGUUACAUUUGGAUAUGAGUACGUUAGGGUAAAGCCAGACCAGGGCCAAUUACUGAAAGGAAUGUUUAUGCCAUACUGCAAGGACUGUGGUCCCCCUCAGCUAGAGCAAGCUGUCGGGAUUGUGGGUGCUGUCAUCAUGCCUCACAACAUGUACUUGCAUUCUGCUUUGGUCAAGUCUCGACAGGUGAAUCGGGCCAACAAGAAGGAAGUCAGCGAGGCCAACAAAUACUUCUUCAUAGAAUCCUGCAUUGCCCUCUUCAUCUCCUUCAUUAUCAAUGUGUUUGUCGUUUCUGUCUUUGCCCAAGCUUUCUAUAGCAAGACAAACAACGAUGUGUACGAGGUCUGUAAAAAUGAAAGUUUUGCUCAAGCUUCCUUGUUUAAGCCAAACAAUGCGACGCUGGACGUGGAUAUCUAUAAAGGGGGUGUUAUUCUUGGUUGUUACUUUGGUCCUGCUGCUCUCUACAUCUGGGCAAUUGGGAUUCUUGCCGCAGGUCAGAGUUCGACAAUGACUGGAACUUACUCUGGACAGUUUGUCAUGGAGGGGUUCCUCAAUCUGAAGUGGUCACGCUUUGCUCGAGUGGUUUUGACCCGCUCCAUAGCCAUCACGCCAACGCUUCUGGUAGCCAUUUUCCAAGAUACGGAACACCUGACUGGCAUGAAUGACUUUCUCAACGUUCUUAUGAGUUUACAGCUUCCUUUUGCUUUAAUCCCAGUCCUCACAUUCACAAGUUUGCGUCCUGUGAUGAAUGACUUUGCAAAUGGCCUGGGCUGGAAGAUCGCUGGAGGACUUCUCAUUCUUAUUAUCUGUGUUAUUAACAUGUACUUUGUGGUGAUCUAUGUAACUGCCCUGAGACAAGUGGUAUUGUAUGUGAUUGCUUCAAUUCUCAGCAUUGUCUACCUAGCCUUUGUGGCAUAUUUGGCUUGGCAGUGCUUAAUUGCUCUCGGGAUCUCCUUCCUAGCUUGUGGGCACACGCUCUCCUUACCACCUUUAAAGGAACUGGAAAGUUAUCAUCUGGGACUUGCUGCUCACCCAGAACUCUUCCUCCUCAACAACGUUGAUGCCGACUCAAUCAUGAACAGAUGAAUCCCCUCCAAAUCAGGACGAAUGUGACUUUAAGAAACAAACCAAAAAAGCCCUCCUAUGCUGCCCAAAACCAAAUUUUGAUUGGUUCAGGCGUGCAAGUAUGAACAUUUGAGAACUGCAAAUGGAGUCAGACGUUUAUCUCACAAAAGGAGCACAAGAGACUGAUGUUAUUAAGGAUCAUCUGGUACACUGGAAAAUCGACUUCUUUAGAAGCUGCACCCAAGUUCAACUCGGAAGGCUACAAAAGGGCUACUGACAGCUUGGGUUAAAGCUUUGUGUAAGCAUAGCCUAUCACACACCUUCAGGCAGUCAAACUAUAUGCAAUAGUGACAGAGACGCAUGUCAUGAGAUGUGGGCCCCCACUAAACACCUGCAAAAUGCUGGGUGGGCCGUGACUAGAAAUGGAAAAGCUGUUAGUGGAAGGAAGGUGGUGAGCUCUUCCUUCACCGC